GACCCGCUUCGUUUCAGUAUCGGACUGCACUUCGCUGAUUGUGAUGUGUCAAGUGUCCUCAUUGCUGCACGGAUUUAACCACGUUAGGAUUCCGAUAACAAGGAAUAGGUCCUAAAGCGCCGGAUGGAUGAAAAAUAAACUUAUCAGGGCAUACAAACAGGAGUAGCUGUAGGAGUUGUCGGUGGUUGUGAUGUGGGAUGUGGAGAUGGGAGUUCUGGGUUGGUGCGCUUCUGUGCACAGCCAGCUGUGCUUUAUGCUCCCUAGAGAGUCCGGAACUUGCAUUGUUGCUCGCCAACGAGAGCCCACCAGUCGCUGCCAAGAGGAUCACCCCGAAAAGCGUUUUCGUAGCGCCUUCCUUCAGCCAACCCUCCUGUGCCGAGGGUUACAGGCAGGACGCCCUAGGCCGCUGCGUCAGAAUAGUCAGGAUCAACGAGGCCGCCCAAUUGGACUUCUUCCUCCAAAGGCUAAAUUCUAUGCACGCACCGCCGGUUAGGCAAACGAUAAUGCACAAUGCCGGCCCACUCAGGCUGCCCAUACCAUUAGGGACUACUACAAUGGGACCAAUGACAACGUCGACAGAAGCGACAAUGACGACAGCAGCUACGACUACUAUUACGACAACAACACUAAGUGAAGAAGAAGAGAUUCCAACAUCGACUUUCCCAAGUACAACAGCUUCGCAGGAUAUUGAAGAGACGGAGACACCUCUCCUGAUAAUCGUGGCCAAUACGACCGAACCGACCAGCACGUCGUCGGAUGCUAUGAGCACUGUCACAAACAUGGCAUACACAGAGCCGACUAUAACGACUGAGUCGCCCGAGACGACGACGGUCCCUCUGCCUCCUUCGACGUACUUCCCGAUGCGGUACGUCCCAGUCAGAUUUCCUGAGAGGCCAACUAUCGUCAGGUUCCCGAGCGGCGUUCAUGUCUCCGUCUCCAACCCAAGCUGGUGGCCACACUCUUGGGAACAGUGGCCCUCUGUGAGGAAGAGGGGGCACCGUGAACCCAGGCCUUCUUGGAUCAAUCAGUGAAUUUAGAAAAAAACAGUAUUUAAACCAAAGUGAACUCUUAUCAAGUAGUAUUUAUAAAAUAAGUAAAAAUUAUAUUCAUCUCCUUUAUCAAUAAAUAUGUGUGUAUGUAUGAAUGUGUGUUUUCACACAAGAUUUUUUAUACCUUGUAGAUGUCUAUUUAUUGUAUAUAUAAUUAUUAUUUGUAAGUCUUUAUGUAGCCCAUAUUAAAUUGAUUACUGUUA